AUGUCGAAUAAACCGGCCACCUCAAAGCCCAUCGAGGCUGAGAGAGGUAAUACCGGUGAUGUAAAGACGCAAAAAACACCACCCAUUUUGGUGCCUCCAGUACCACUGUCAAAACCUCACCGGCAUGUUGUCUCUGCACAGAUCCAAGAUGUCCUCACCUUGCUCUUCGUCUUUCGCUUUCUCAAUGCCAUCAUUCUCCGCACCUUCUUCCAGCCAGACGAGUAUUUCCAGGCUCUCGAACCCGCAUGGAACAUUGCCUUUGGAGAUCAGAGCGGUGCUUGGUUGACCUGGGAAUGGCAACAUCAGCUUCGCUCCUCUCUCCAUCCUGCCAUCUUUGGUGUGGCCUACAAGGUUGCCCAUUGGUUGAUGUCCGCUCUUUUUCCUCCUGCUUUCGAGACGUUUGUUCUCGAAGGCUUGCCCAAGCUCUGGAUGACCGUUCUCAACCCUUGGCAAUGGUAUUGCUCCACCAGGACCUUUUCAAACUCCUUUGAGACUACCUUGACCAUUGCCGCCCUCUACUACUGGCCCUGGGAUCUUCUCCAGGAUGCCAAAUCCAACAAACAGGAGCCUCUGCAGCUCAAGGGCAACCUGGGCAGCCUCCGAGCUUCACUCAUUCUUGCUGCCGUGGCCGUCUUGCUGCGCCCAACGAACUUGCUCAUCUGGCUUGGAGUCCUCACCCUUGCCAUCACACGGUUGACACUUGAUGGAGAGUCUCCCAUCAAGAGAUCGACAUUGUUUGUUCUAGCCAAAGAGAUCGUGGUCUGUGGUAGUGCAGUCCUCGCCGUAUCGCUCAUCUCGGACCGCCUCUACUUUGGCUUCUGGACCUUCCCGCCCUACAAAUGGCUCUACUUCAACAUCUCUCAGUCCCUCGCCGUCUUCUACGGCCACAUGCCAUGGCACUACUACCUCUCUCAGGGAAUCCCUCUACUCACGACUACCUUCCUCCCCUUUGCGCUCGUCGGUCUGUACAAAGCCACUUCUUCCUCCAAGACCCUUACGACACUCCAGUCCAACAUCCUCAAGACGCUUUCCUUCGCCGUCUUGUCCAUGGUCGGCACUCUCUCCAUCAUCUCUCACAAGGAAGUCCGCUUCAUCUACCCUCUUCUCCCCAUUCUUCACAUCCUGGCCGCCCCCUAUGUCUUGAAUUUCUUCACCGUCCCAGAAGCAGCAUCAAUAGCGGCAACCACCACAACAACCGAAGGCGCUUCCACCACUACCACCUCAUCAACAACAACAACGACAACAGGCCCCGUAACCCUCCGCCACAAAAUCUCUCUCGCCAACCUCUUAUCCAUCAACCUCCUUCUAGCCACCUACCUCUCCAUCUUCCACCAACCCGCGCCCCUCUCAGUAAUGACCUUUCUCCGCACCGAGUUCGAGCGCAUCCACCCCGAGUCACUUUCCCUUGACUCUUCCUCUUCCUCUUCCUCUUUAUUCUCCUCCUCCUCUUCUUCUGCGUUGAACAAGGAGAUCCCCCAAAAACAAGAACUCUUCGCCCUCUUCCUAACCCCCUGCCACUCCACCCCCUGGCGCUCGCACCUCGCCUACCCUGCUUUGCGCGCCAGGGCGUUGACUUGCGAGCCGCCUUUGCAUACGGCGCCGGGAAGUUUGGAGAGACGGGAGUAUAUGGAUGAGGCGGAUCGGUUUUAUUAUCGUAACUCGGAGAAAGAAGAAGAAGAGGGUGAGGGUGACGGUGGGCUGUAUGGAGUGGAAUUUUUGAGGGAGGAGAUGUGGGGUGGUGAUGGUCUUACGAGUAGCAGUGCAAGUGGACAAGGACCGGAAGAAAUUCCGAGGUAUAUCAUCGGGUUUGAAGGGGUUGAGGAGAUGUUGAGAAAGUUCUUUGAAGAAGACAAAAGGGGAAGGGAGUUGGGUGUUGAAUUGAAAAAGGUGUGGAGUGCGUGGAAUGGAGCAUUUAAUGAGGAUUGGAGAAGGAGGGGGAGGUUGGUUGUUUGGGAUACCGGAGUUUAUGAGCCUGUUGAGGAAGUGAAGAGGAAGGUGUUUGCGUAG